GGGAGUUUGGGACGGGUCUGUCCAUUGGACGGCUGGACGGACACAGACUGUGACAUUAUUGAAUCAGCGCUCUACUAAUCGGACUUUAAUUCACAUUUCAUUCAACCAUGAAGCUCAGAGUGUACACAGAGUCAGCUUUGUGGCUUUGUGUGGACAGCAGAAGUUCAAACUUUUUAUAAUUAACCUAAAAUGGAAACUAAAGUGAAGCGGACAGCAGAGAAGUCAGUUGACACACCGGCUGAUAAUCACGGAGGAAUGGACGAUGUGAACACUGGCCCGACCCGGGACUGAGCCUCCUGCCCGGGGCUCCUCCGGCUACAUGUCCCCCUCCUCUCCGUGCCAGAUGCCUCCGCGGGGCGAGGGGUGCUUCAAGCCGGCCCCGGUGUCCCCUGCUCCGCCUGUCCCACCGAGGAGGGUCCGGGGCUCCGGGAGGACGCGGCGGGUGAAGUGUGUGCUGGUGGGGGACGGAGCUGUGGGGAAGACCAGCCUGGUGGUCAGCUACACCACCAAUGGGUAUCCCACCGAGUACGUGCCCACCGCGUUUGACAACUUCUCAGCCGUGGUAUCAGUGGACGGGCAUCCAGUCAAACUACAACUCUGUGACACAGCCGGGCAGGAUGAGUUUGAUAAGCUGCGUCCUCUGUGCUACACCAGUGCAGAUGUGUUCCUGCUGUGCUUCAGCGUCGUCAGUCCCGCCUCCUUCCAGAACAUUCCGGAGAAAUGGAUCUCGGAGAUCCGGAGACAUGCACCCUUUGUACCCAUCGUCCUCGUUGGGACGCAGUGUGACCUCCGAGAAGAUGUCAAGGUUCUCAUUGACCUGGCUAAGUACCGGGAGCGACCUGUGGACCCAGCAGACGCCCAGGAAUGUGCCAUGGAUAUCGGAGCUGUGGCCUACAUGGAGUGCUCGUCCCUGACCCAGAAGAACUUAAAAGAAGUGUUUGACACAGCCAUACUGGCCAGCCUGCAGAACUGCAGCUCCAACAAAAAGCAUCCCAGAGGGAAGCAGAAACGACGGAAAAAGCAAAGGCAGACACCGGACAAGAUGAAGAGUCUGUCCAAGUCCUGGUGGAAAAGGUACUGCUGUGUGGCCUAGACCGACGUGUGAAGAUUCUCUGUCACUGACUUAUUCUGGUCUGGAUUCAACUUGAGUCGCUCUCUGUUUGGGUUUCUCUCUUUUCGAGCCUGACGUGGAGAAGGACCUCGACUUGACUGUGACUGGGAACCAAAGUAAGACUGGCAAGGAUCGUAAAUGUUUUACUUUUAGUUUUUAUUCCAAGAGGGGUUUCAGUCUUCUUGUCGAUGAGAUUAAGUACUGAGUUCUAACAACAUUUGCUAUCAAAUAUAAGCAGUACCGCAGUGUCCUUUUUCCAACUCUUCCGGAAUUGAAUCGCCAUCCACUGGGACUAACAGGAAUCGCUCUAUGUCAUGGUGGAUGUGAUAAUGUUCCUUAACAUUUGACCAGUCCAGAAAGUCUUGUCUAUGUUUAACACUUACAAUGUAAGCGUGUUUAGUCUGGUGUUCUUGUUCCCAACCUAGUAUGCAUUUGUGUCGCUUGUGAACUGAGCUUGACUGAAACUGCUUCCGAACUUCCUUUUUUUAUCUUGUCUCCAACACUCAUGAUUAGAAAAAACUGCCUCCUGAUAAAGAGCGUCUCUCAGACAAAACAUUGUUGUUUAUUAAGGCUGACCUUUCCUAUUCCAUUAGUAAUUGUUAAGGUGUUUUUCAUGCUAAAAGACCUCUUUGCAACAAACAGAUCUAUAGGUUCUUUUCUGGUGUGGCCUAAAAACCUAAUCUGAAACCAGAAACAUAGUUCAUCUUUUAUUUUGGUCUCGAUUUGAACUAUUUGUGGGAUAAGUCUGGCUUGGUUUUGAGUUUGUUUCUCACUAUUUGGACAAUAAAACAACCAGAACACUCAUUCUUUUCAAAUAUUGGAGGUCUUUCAAUUACAGACCUAUCCUUCAAUAUUACUGAACAGCUCUGAAAGACAUAGUAAUCAAUGAGGCAGAAAAUACUAUAUUGGCUUGUAAUAAUCAACACAUAUGUGUACUGCUUGUGGGGUGUUUGAUUUAUCUUUGCACACACUUGCGCAGCUUUACUGUGAGCACUCAACAGAAUUAGAUCAACUCAGCGCCCUUUGCAUGUGUCCAUUUACCAAAUGGGUUCAGAUGUUUGUUCAUGUACGUUUGCAGAAAAGAUGAAUUGUGUAUCUUUGCUUUUCAAUGCAGUUGUGUAGUGGAAACGCGGCAUAAAAGACUGAAGUUUUAAUUAUGUACAUAUUCAGUGAAAUAUUUUCUUUAAACUUAAUUUUCAUUAGUCAGGUUUGUUGAUCUGUGUUUGUUCCCUUUACCCAAAGUAUGCUUUAUUAUUAACCAUUGGUAAUUUUGGUAACUCUGCAUCUCAUUAUGCCUGGUUACUUUUGCAGCAUCUCCUCUCUCCAAAGAAAAGGACACACAUUGUAAAGCAGAAAUAAAAAGGCAUAAUAUGUUGAUGUCAACGUUCAGCUGCCACACCUUCCUUUGUACAUUGUAGUUACUAAAGCAGAACAAAACCCAAUUAUUUACAACUACUUCUCUACAGUGCCUUCAUCUGAAUGGCUCUUUGUAUCACUGCAGCAGAAAGAAAAAGGGUGCAACCAGGUCGCAGUCUGUAAUGGCCUCAAAGAAAACCGGACAGUUUUUUGUGAGCAGCAUCAUCAUUCAUAUUGAUCAGACAUAAAAACAAAACAACACAUUUACACUCUAGCAUUCUUAGCAUUAGGACAAUCUAAAUCAUGGCCUUAACCACUGUCUAAAUCCAACUUAAACCUUUCUCUCUGACCCAAAGUGCAGAGUUAACAUUUGCAUAGUGUUAACUGUUAAUAUGUGUUCAUCUGAACAAUAUUCAUUAUGACCCUAAAAAGCUUGCCAAAACUCUGCCCUGGAGCAGUUUAAGUCAAGUGUAUGAUGAAAAGCCUAUUAAAUUAUGUGAAAAUUAAGAAAUGUCUUCAUCAAUGUAAGAGAAGCGGAAUAGCAUUAGCUUUUUCUAGAGUGUAGUGUGAAAUGGAGUGAGCUGUGAAGUGCUUUUAAAUGUAAUUGCACUGUGAAGAAAUGUCUUAAAACUUACAAACAAAACGUUCACAGAUUGGCAGUCAUGCCAUGUUUCAAGUGUUACAAGACAGCUAGAACAUGUACAAUCAUAGCAGACAAUAUGCAUGACUCUAUUGACUUCUGUAAAACGUUUCUUACUGGUAACACUGACUAUAACUUCAAGUGUGUCUCCCAAUAGACUCUUCUGCAGAGAAACUCAGUGUGUGACCCUAACUGACCUUACGGUUGCUCUACUAAUUGGCUACAACCUGUAAACCAAUGCAUAGAGAGAGUUGAGAACUUAUUCUAAAAUGUAUUUUAACUCAUAAUGUUGAUGAGAGGCCUGAGUGCAAAACGUUGAAGAAGUGUGUUUCCUGAAGCUGUUUGGUAACUUUCUGCUGAAGAUUUUACAACUGUGGAUGAAUGGGUUCACUGUGUCCCGAUGUUUUACUCAUGAUAGCAAAUGCAUUGUUUCUUGCUUGGGAAAAACGUCAUAAUAAGUUGCUUGUCUUGCUGUUUGGGUGCAGGCUUGGUUGAUGGUGGAUUUAAGUAGGGUAAAGGUCAGACAGACCCUUAUGAUAGCUGGCAUUUCCUCUAGCAGGUCUCAUCCGUUUUACCUUCUCAUACAGUAUGUAUAAUCUAUGGAGAGUACAGAACGUUUCAUAUCACAAGGUGUUUGUUUGCAUGCAUGUGGUUCAAGCCUGCCUUUAUUUUGAGACAAAUAUUUGUUUGAUUACUCCUGCUUGAAUACAUUAAAACUGAAAAAUUAUGAAAACGAAAUAUACUAUAAGCCUUUAAAGUGCGUUCAUGCCGUCAACUCUGGCCACAAAUGAUAAUGUUAUGUACCAAAAUGUGAAUAGUAACAUGAGUUGAGAAGAGUCAUCAUUUCCCUCACUGAUAGCUACUGGUUGAACCACACAAAGUCACGCUAGUAGCAAAACAAAGUAUGCUGAUAAGAAGGUCUGCAUUUCAAUGUUCGAAUCAAACAUUUUAUUUUUGAAGUCUUUGCUUGCGUGUUUUAUUCAUUUGAAUGUUUUACCUGCUUUCAGGAGCCAGAAUAGGCUAAAAGCAAAGUAUACCCUGUAUGACAGAUGAAUGGCUUUGUAAUGUUGAACAGAUAGGUCUCUGAAAGUGAACUGAGGUGUUAAAAGAGAGUCAGAAAAGAGACAGGAAGGUGACUGGAUAGGAGUUAUGUGUUGGUUCUGGGGUUUGGUUGAAGGAUAGACAGAAAUGUGAAUGCUCUGUGUUUGGGACGGAUGCAAAGUCUGUCAAAUAUAGGUAUGACUGCAAUGAUUUCCGUUUUUUGUGAUACAAAAGGGUGUAGAAAUCUACCAAUAAAAUACAAAUUAAAUUGUUGCUUUGCGUGACUGACCUGGGAUUACCGUAACUGCAUUCGUUUUUCUCAACACUGCCUUCCCACACAAGUCUAAUUGUACAACAAUAUCCCAUAAAGUCCAGUGAGGUAAAACAAAAAGCAGACCGCCCGGGGAAACAGACAGAAAGGUUCAUUCUUGAGAUUUCAGGGUUUUAUUGAGGUUACCCCCUGAAGCACACCUGAGCUCACUCACAUGAGACACCAGGAGCUUCCCUCAGCCUGUGUGAAACAUCCUUUCUCCUGCAUGUAAAAACAUUGUAACAGAGACAUUUAAAAACAGAAAGCAUGCUGCUGCGAUCUGCUGACACUGAAUUCUCUGUGUCACCAAGGACGUCAGUCAGAGAAAGAAAUGUUUGUACAGAAGUUUUAUACCCUGAGAAAUAAAGAAUAUUUGAUAUAAUA